AUGGUCAACCGUGGUGGCCGCAGCAAAGGGUGCGGUACCUGUCGCGGCCGCCGUCUCAAAUGCGACGAAGGCCGUCCACAUUGUCAGCGGUGCCACAAGGCUGGCUUGCAGUGCCGUGGCUAUGCUCUGCACGCCAACUUUGUGGACGAGACGGCGCGAUUCCGGCGCGAAGACCAGGUGACUGCGAACACGUUGGUGCCCACGUUGGUGCCCAUGUCUCUCCAGCCCGACGAAGACACGGUCCUCCACACCCACCUCGUCGCGCGCCUGCUGCCCCGCGUCAGCGGUCCUGCGUCCCCGCACAUUCUGGCGUCCAUGGCCAACUACGAGUCGUCCUCGACCGCCGUGGUGCCCCUGCACAAAGACGCCCUGCGUGCCCUCGCGGCCGUCUACUUUGGCAAGGUGCACCGCGACACGCGCGUCUUUGGGGCGGGCGUGCGCGCCUAUGUGCGGUCGCUGGGGCGGCUGCGCACCGCCGUGGCCGACCCUGUGGCCGUGCGGGACGUCGAGACCUUGGCCAGCGCGCUGUGCCUGGGCCUGGUCGAGAACGUGGCGCUGACCGAGACGACGGGCUGGCUGGCGCACUACGAUGGCCUGGCACACUUGAUCGAGCGACGGGGGCCGGCGCAGCACAUGCAGGCGGGGUUCGGCCGCGAGCUGUUUCUGCACUGCCGGUUUGCGAUUGUGAUCAGCGCCCUGCUGCGGCGGCGGCCCUGUUAUCUGGCGCAGCCUGCAUGGCGAGCCGUCGCACAGGACACGAGUCCAGAAGGCGAACUCAUGGACCUGUUUGCCGAGGUGCCUGGCAUCCUGCACGACUUGGGUGGCGCUGCGCAAACGCAGGCACCCGACGCCACGCCACAGAGCGGCGCCGGCCUGCGUCGCCGCGUCGAGCAUCUUCUUUUGGCACUGUCGGCGUGGCGGCAACAACGGCAACUGCCACCCCGGGCUUCAUCCGCGAGCCACGCCGACCUGUCGAUGCUGGCCCUGCACCAUGCUAUUUUGCUGUGUCUGACCCCUGUCUGCGACGCCUUUCACGUUUCGAUCGUGGCGGGUCAGGCUCCGAUGGAUGCCGAGGCUGCGCGCAGGUCCGUGGCGUCCGACAUUUGCCGUCUGGCCAAGGCAUCGUUUGAUCGCAACCCCUCGAGCACCGGCGCCUUUCUCUUCAUCUUUCCGUUGCACGUGGCCGCCCGACACCUUCCGCCGGGCGCCGACGAGGCUGUGUGGGCCGAGACAGCCAUGCAGCGCGUUAUUGUCGAGACGCAUGGCUUUGAGAUUGGCCGUCCACGCACGUGGUAUCUCGAGAGUGGACGUGUGACGGGCAGUGCUUCGCCUGGCAGUGACGUGACAACAUUGCCUUGA